GCGGAAGAGAGAUGCAAACAAGCAAAUUUUAGAAAUCAAUAAUUGGAUUUAUCUAUUUUUGUGCAUGACAAAGAGUGUCUUGAGAGGUCCAUAAAACUGUUCAAAAUGUAGACACACUCCAGUCUCUCCUAUGCUGACCUAUAGGUAGUUUUCUACGCUUUACUGUUUAUUUCUUGAGGUGCAAUACUUGCCAGUUUCACCAUGAGACCAGAAUACGACAACGAGAAGCCACAUAGCACUGGAAAUUACCGUGGGAAUUUCCGUGGAAAUUAUCAUAAUCGUCCAUUUUACUACAACCGCCGGCCCUUCAGAGGUAAAAUACGUCCAAAUUACAUACGAAAUCAAGGAGGGUUUCGGGUCUUUAAUAACAAAUACGAGAAGCAGACAGACCGCCAGGAACGUUCCCGGACACGGAGUCGAAGUAGGGAGAGGAGUAGAUCAAGGUCAUCCUCAUCAGAGCGAAUUAAUCAAAGAAUGAGAUCUCGUCGCAGCUACAGUCGACAUUCUGACAGAAGCGAGUCUUCAUGCGAGGACAAGAGAAAUCCUUCAGGGCAGCGAACAUCAUAUGACCACCGAACACGUGAUCAUACUCCAGAGCACCAGAGGGGCAACAAGUCUGCCACCUCUCCAGAUUCUGUUCCGUCACACAAGGGUUCUAACUCACCAAGGUCUCGCCAUAGUGUGUCUGACAACAGAAAUUCCCGCCAUAGCCGGUCACGAUCACGAGAAAGAGGUCCGAGUCGGUCGUCAUCUCAUGACUUUACAUACAAACCACAAGUUGCUGGAAAUGACCCGGAUAUUGGAUCUAGCCCGACAAUGAGUCGGCGUAGUGAUUCAUCAAGUGCUAGAAAUUCAGGUGAACCUUCAGACCCCAUGUCUUCCUAUCGACUUCCGCGUGGAUCUAGGAUGCCAGAACAAACCAAUCAGACUCAGGGUAAACUUGCUCAUGACAUGAUGCUGGCUCAUGGUGGUGCGUUGACUCUUGCUGGUCAGACUUUGCCUGUGGGGUCGAUGUUUUUACUCGACUCUGCGCGCUCCACGAGCAGCAACUCGACAAAUGCAUGCAACUUAAUGCAAAAGGUCAAUAUGGCCACAAUUCUUUCCAGUUCACCGCAGAAGGCGGACAUCCCUCGUAACUAUGGUAACUACAUGUCUCCCCCGCUAUCGAGUCGGUAUAUGGAGGCAAAUGCGGAAUCAUCUAGCCCUGAUGUGACUGUCCUUUCCAAUGGUGAUCACACAGACAAGGGGAAACAUAGAUUAGAUUCUGGGUUACCUAGCCCCAGUCUGACCAGCAAGUUGAAUGGUCUUGGUCCAGAUAAGAUCUCACAGAUUCGCGAGAAAAAGGAAGAGAUAGAACAGGCUUACAAACAAGAUUGCGAGACAUUUGCAACUGUUGUGAAAAUGCUGAUCAGUAAAGAGCCAAGUUUAGAAGAUGCAAUACAGCCGAGCCUUCGUCAGAACCUCCGAGACAUUGGAGCACGGUGUAUACAGGAGUUGCAGGAUUACAUCGACCAAGUCCGAAAAGAUUCUGGCUUGAAAUAAUUUGAAUUCUAUGUAUCGAUGGAAAUAUAAUAACGUUGCGUCCUGGUCCGAAUCAAUAUUAUGUCCCUCGUCAAGUAGUUAAUUGAUUUGCAGACUCAGCAAAAUCGUGGUUUUCUGAAGGUCUCAGUGCAAUGCCUUUUUCAAUGCGAGAUUAGUGCUGACUCGGCAGCUACCCCAUAAUUAAUUUCAGCACAUUUUCAAAUAGAAAUGUUCCACCGCAUCACUGAGAUCAUUGCAAAUGAAGAAAGCCCUCCUACAUUGAGGAAUGCGAGGUCAAUCCUGAAUCAAAAUGUCCUAGCAGAAACUUUGUCUUCAUGGUGUAAAAUUGAUCUGGGUCAGCUCUCCCUUAUGCUGAUAACUUGUGGUGCUCUUUUACUAUGAGUUUCAAGUUGAAACCCUGUUAAAAUGGCACAUGACAUUGCUAUUGGGACCACACCAUCAAGCAUCAAAAGCAAGAAUGAUGCUUUAUGAUCCGUGGCAUGACUAAGCAGCAAAGAAUGCAAUUUUCUGGACAGUACACGUCGAAGACUGAAGUACCAGAACAGAAAAUGGUUAUUUUAGCUCGGUUUCUAACUUUAUUAUUUAUUCAUGAGUUGGUCUAACCCUUUAAAAAUGUUGAAAAUCUGUUCUGUCUGAAUACACUCGGACAAAGUCCUGUGAAGGUGUUAAAAAGGCGUCUGUUUGUAUGAAUUGUCAGUACUGAAUAAUAUUCUUCAUCUAUUCAGGGUUGGAGAAACUGAGGAAACUUAGAUGUCUUGUACAGAGAGAUUAUCUUUACUUCUUAUAGCCCAUAGUACUUAACAUAUAUAUACAGGCACUUUUAUCUGACACAGUCAAGACUGAUGAAUUGGCACUUGACAGUUUGGGGGAAAAUAUCAUGCAGUGGAAGCUCGUUUUGUGGACACCUCCGUUAGCAGGACAACCUCUGUAUAAGGGACACUAAAUUCGUCAUUUAUAUUCAAAAUGCCCUCCGCAGCCAUGACUCCUCUUUCUCAAAGGACAGUGUUUGUCAGUCCAAAAGUUCUUAUUAGAAAGGUUCUGCUGUAUUGAAAGAUGUGUGUAUAAGUAAAUGUGUUCAUAGUAUCCGCCUCUGGCUUGGCCAGUAUUCAUCCUAAAGCAAAUUCAAAUUCCCCAAAUGCUUCAAGACCAUGUGCUUGUGUUGUAAACCUGUUGAAAUAUCACUAUUUCUCAAAUCCCUCAGUGGGAUGCGAAUUAGUUUGUCCUAUGUUUUCAUACAUAAAAUCGCCUCCACAUUGUGCACACUGUGUGCACUGAAAGUUUCAUAUUUGUUUUUGUGUUGUUUUAUUGCAUUUAAAGCAUAAUGACUGGAUGAUAAAUACAGUAGACAACAAGACAAACAACGUGGUCUUUUGCUAUACGUACCACACUUGGUAUGCAAACUGAUCUCUGCAGUAUGCUACCUUUAUUUGUACUCUGUAGUACAGCUAGAUAAUUUCUUUUUUUUUUCAUUAGCUGUAGUCAUUUCAGUUUUUAGCUCACCUCUUAGCAGAGGUGAGCUUAUCCCAUACCGUGGCGUCCGUCGUCCGUCGUCGUCGUCGUCGUCGUCGUCGUCGUCGUCGUCGUCGUCGUCGUCCGUCGUCGUCCGUCGUCCGUUAGCAGGGCACGUUUCGUAACUGUUAGAGCUAUUGAGUUGAAACUUGGUACACAUGUACCCUUAUGUAAUGACACCUUAGAGACCAAGUUUCGGUCCGAUUCGUUUCAUGGUUUGGCCACCAGGGGGCCAAACGUUAAAAGUGAAAAUAUGCAAUAUCUCCUUUAAUAGUAGUCAGGAAAUUUUGAAAAAAAUAUGGUAGGUACUUCUAGCAAAGGUGCAUCAUAUAUCCGCCGGGUUUUUGAUUUGACCUCCUUUUCAAGGUCACAGAGGUCAAAUGGUGUAAAUUGGCCGUUAGGAUGUAACGAUGGCACGUUUCUAAACUGCAAUGACUAUUGAUACCAAAUUUGGUACACAUUUACCCCUUAGUCAGGUGAUCUUAGGGACCGAAGUUUGGUCCAGUUUGAUUCACCACUUGACCACCAGGGGGCAAAAUCCAAAAACCUUAAAAAUGUGAUUAUUCCUUAACUUCUUGCCCGAUUGCCACCAAUUUGAUAUCAUGGGUACAUCUAACCACCAUACAGUAUAUGUCACACAGGUUUUUAAUUUGACCUUCUUGUCAAGGUCACAGAGGUCAAAUGGCGUAAAUUCGCCGUCAGGCCGUAACUAUGGCACGUUUCUUAACUGCAAUGACUAUUGAUCACAAAUUAAGUACACAUGUACCCCUUGGUCAGGUGAUCUCAGGUACCGAAGUUUGGUGCGAUCUGAUUUGCCGUUUGGCCUCCAGGGAGGGGGCCAAAUCCUAAAUUCUUCAAAAUGCCAUUAUUCCUAGUAAUGACUUGGCCGAUUGGCACCAAUUUUAUAUCAUAGGUACAUCUAAUUCUAACAACCAUUCAAUGUGUCACCCGGGUCUUCUUUGAUUUGACCUACUUUUCAAGGUCACAGAGGUCGAAUGUACUGUAAAUUGGCCAUUUUGGGGAAAUUGUAAUUGCUUGGACCUACAUCAAACCUAACACUACAUGACACAAUACCAUGCUCUUUAUCCAUCUUUCCACCACAUGAGGUGAGCACAAUGGCCCUGGCCAUUUCAUUUGGAUAGAUCACUGUAUUUUUCAUCUCUGUGUAAGCUGUUAGGGACAGGAAACUUGCAAUCGCAUCCUUUUCUUGGUCAGUUGUUGGGAAAUAAUUGUGUUUGUAAUUGUGGUGCCUAUAAAUUUACAUCCCACCAAUGCCAGAUGUGUGUUCAAAAAGAAAACCAUUUGCCUCUAGUUGUAUUCUAAUGUCGAAAAAGCUGGAAAGAAGUUUCUGAUUGAUUUUGUAUAUCCGAUGGACCUUUCUCCCUAGGAAGGAGAAAUUCACAAACGUGUAUACAGUUUGACUAGUUCAAGGAUAUAAGGCUUGGGGUAUCUACAGUAUUUUUCUCAAUUUUGAAAAAAAACCUAUCACAACGACUGAAUGCUUGUAGAUACCUGUAAAUUAUUUACAUAAUGCCUUAUUAUUUCUAGUGAUAUUUAUUCAAGAUUGAAUGCCUGUUGUACAAUUUUGUAACAAAAAUGUAUGUUGUGUGUAGAAACUCAUCAUGGACUGGCCCUCAAGUGGGUAAUUCAAACCUGCAAACCUGCUAAUCUAAUUGUGGCUUGAUUGUGCUAGACUUACACCUAGUUACAUUGUAACAUUUCACUUGUUAGAUAAUUUGUGUGUAGGAGUUCUGAGAAAAUAUUUUUGGUCUAUUUUAGAAAUGUGCUCUGUAUCUCCGUUGGAUGCUAUGUUGAUCAGAACCCUUUUCAUUCAGAUAGUUUUUCAGGCCAUGGUCACCUGACUUAUGUUAUAAGAGUGAUAUCUCUUUGGAAAUUCUCUAUUGAUUAUAAAAUGAUUGCAUAUAAAACCAAUGAAAUUACUAUUUAGGGAGUGUCUUUAUUGAUGCAUUUAUAUUUAAUCUUGCCAAUUUUCAUAUUGAAGGAAAGAUGCUUUAUGAAAUGUCUGUUGGAUUUAUUUUCUGCUGUCUGAAAAAAAAUUUACCUAGACAUCUUAUUAACUAUAUGAUGAAAUGACAAAAAAGCUUACUUUUCCAACAAAGCUUUGUUUUUACUGUGCCAUAUGUGUUGACUCUGUGUACAUUUGUUUUGUUUUCAUGUAGUAUGUUUCAAUACAGGUUUUACCUGCCACAAACGUUUUUAACCGAUUCUGAUAAAACCAUAUUUCUGGACACCUUUCCAGAUCAUCUUUAACCCCCCCCCCCCCCCCCCCCCAUCGUAACACAGCAAAGGUUGAGGUUGCAGCACUCGAUGCAGCCCAUUUUGGUCUGGAUUGUAAUUCCCAGAGUUCUGAGUACCAGUACCGGGUAAUAAUACAUGUACGGUAAGGUGAUACAAUUAUAGCCUCAGUGUGCAAUGAUGUGUACUACCAGCUGUUUUUAACACUGCUGGGACUAUUAUUGUACUGGCGCUAAAAUUGUACCUCGUUACUUUACAUGUACAUUAUAUGUGUGAAAAAUAUGAGAUUAGAACGAGAGAUGUUGUCUUUUUGUUCAGCCUCUCAUGACCCUGCACUGUUAAUCGAUGUCUUUUUCACGUGCUGUUUUAUAAUGUGUUGUGUGAUUCUUGUGUAUGUCUGUUUUAGCUGUGCAGUUACACUGCAUUCUUGUAAACUUUCACUUUGGCCACAUGUCAUGUUUUCAUGGUUUACAGGAGUUCCCAAAGGUUAUGGUCAGAUACC